CGACGAGGCACUUCGCCCACGCGCGGAGCUGGCUCGCCACUGCAGCGGAAGCAGCGUUCUACGCGGAAAGAGCACUCGGAAUGUUCGUCGACUGAGCUGUACGUGUUCAAGGUGCACGACAGCCAACGGAGGUGUCGACAGAAGUCUAUCGCAAGUGCUGACGGGAGGAAUGGACUACUUCGGACGCAACGUGUGAUGAGCGGCGCUCGCGUUGGGACCCGCCUGGCGCCAUGGCCCGGCGUCACCACGUGGCCAUACUUGAUUUGUUAUCGGAGCGGUGGAGAGUGGCGCGCCGCUGCGAGCGAGUGACAAGCCAUGGGUAGCGACGCGCGGAACAAGGCUUUCGCCGGCGUGCGCUACCAUACACCAGAGGAGGUCAGGAAUCGUGCCAACGCGAGAAGGAUGCUGUCCCCGCGCGCCCAGCUGUGGCUCAAGCUGGGCCGAACCUGCAACCUCAGCCUGGGCUGUCUGGGAAUGGGUCUCAUCCUGGCCUUGACUGGCGUGGCGCUGCUGGACCUGGUCGAGAUCUACGACUCGGACAUAUCAAGCGUGUCGCACCUCAUCACCGCACGCUGCGUCGGCGGCCUGCUCGGCUCCCUGUUAGGAGGCAAGCUGUACGACACGUACAACGUGCAGACCAUGUCUAUACUGAUGAUGGUGCUGGCCUGCGUGACGGUGCUCAUGAUUCCGCUUAGUGGAAGCCUGCCACUGGCGUUCGUCAUGGUCUUCUUCGGCGGAAUCAGCUCGGGUGCCUUCGACACCGGCGCGAACGUGUGGAUCAUCAACCUGUGGCCGGAGAACAGCAGUCCGGCGCUGCAGGUCUUUCAUCUGGCCUUCGGCGUCGGCUGCCUGGUGGCACCGCUCAUCGCCGAGCCCUUCCUGUCCACGGGUCACGUCGGCUCGUUGCUGAACCAGACGGCCACCAACCUGAGCGAGUACUUGACCUUGAACGACACUGGUUACAGCCCGUUAGAGCCCCUGACCGAGGAGAGCCGGGUCUACUACGCGUUCGGCAUAGCCAGCGCUUUCCACCUUGCCCUGGUCGUUGCCAUGGUGGCGCUCUACUUGAUCGACGACGCCGACACCAAGCCUCCCCAGGAAGGAGGUGCCACCGUCGGAUGCAGGAAGGAGUCUCCCGAGGACGUGCGCUUUAGCCGCACCAUGCUGGCCCUGCUAAGCGCGUACGUGUGCGUCUACGUGGCGCUCGAGUGCACGUCGUCCCAGAUGCUCACCGCGUUCGCCGUCAAGAGCGAGCUGCACUUGUCCAAAUCGGCGGCGUCUCGCGUAGCGGCAGUCUACUUCUUCUGCUUCGCGGCGAGCCGCCUGGCGGCCGCGCUGGUCACCGUGAAGCUGUCGCCUUUUCAGGUGCUCGUGCUCUCUCACGUCGUCAUCGCCGUCACGGCCGCCGUGUUCCUGGUGUGGGGCUCCAGCAACAGCGCGGUGCUAUGGGCCUGCAGCGCGCUCACGGGCGUAGGCCAAGGUCCAGUGUACGCGGCCGCAGUCGCGUGGACUGUCGCCUACGUUAACAUGAGCAACAAGAUGAUGUCCGUCGUCAUAAUCACAGCAGGCAUCGGCGCGUUGUCGCCGCCCCUUCUAGUGGGUCAGUUCUUAGACCACAGUCCCAACCUGUUCCUCUACGUAUGUUUCGUGGCGGUCUUGCUGUGCGUAGCUUUUUUUGUUGCCAUGCACUUUUACGUUCGGAAAAGGCCGAUACUAAAUGCUGAUAAAGAAGUGUGCGUUAAUAUAGCUUACGAAAAACCUCUCGAAAUGCUUUCGCUCUAGCGAUGUCUCCGUGCCUACAGCUACACGCACCGCUCCACAGGACACGAUCAUCUUCCUAGUAGUUCAAUAAACAUAACUCGGAGCAUUGGAA